AUGAAACGUGUUGGGAUUUUCCCCACAGGGGACGCUGGUCUUGGAAGUCUACGCAAAGCAGAAGGAGUUUUGGCCGAUGCUGCGUUGGAUGAAUUCCAAUGCGAGUUGCCGCAUUGGUGGCAGAGAGUAGGGGACUUCUUCAUCAGACCUUUUGCCGGGUGCUUGCCGUUCCAAGCUGGCACUUCUCCCUGGGUUCUCUUCCGCUCAGAGAAAACGCUUCGGGGAAGCGGGCUGGUCAAAAGUGAAGGUGGAACUUCACAUUUGAAGCUGCAUGCCUGGCUGGAGGAAGUGUGCAGAGUCUUGGGCCUCUCGGACAUGGGAUCUCAAACGCGCAGACGUUUGUCCCGGUCCCCGCGCUGCCCACAGCUCUGGAUCGACCAGGGUUGGCCACCAAGCCGCCUGACGCCGCGCAGCAAGCGCUCUGCACCCAUCUGGAUGUUUUUGAUGCCGGGGGAGCGAGAUGCACUGGUGGUCCAGAUGAGCUUGCUCAAAGAGUAUGGUGCGAAGGAGAUCAAGGCACUGAUGGGUUUUGAGAUUGGCCAGUUGGUCAUGAAACGCCUGCCAGCCCUCCUUCCGCAAGAGCUCGCUGAGCCAUUGACCUUUGGAUUCCUGGCCGCUCGUGCCUAUGACACGUUCCGCCGAGCAACUGAACCCAAUCAAGCCCUAGCUGGGGCGCCGACCUGGAUAAGAAACAUGCUGAGAGGUCGGCCACAGUGGUCCUGGAAGCGUUCGUAUUCACAGACGGGAACGACAUCUGAAUUUGAAGCUCUGGGCAUGAUUCUGCGUCGGCUUGUUCCAGGUCCACUACAGCCGCCCAUGUUCGCUGGUCUGGCAGUCAACAGCAAGGAAAUCGAACAUGCUCUGAAACACAGAAAUGCGCCUCCGAAUCUGCACUUGAGGGCGACCGCAAGGCCUAAGCCAUUGAAUGGUCUCGCCAGAGAUGCACUAAUACUGGGCCUGGCCAGGCUGCUCAGUGGUUCCAGGGGAAGGUCGUAUGUGUUGACUUUGGACCGGGUUGCAGCCUUGGCGGCAGGGGAUGCAACGGCCGCGGCCAGCGCCUUGCUUAGAGCGCAUCGUCUUUUGCCACCACAGCAGACCGACUUGCGGCGAACGCUCGGCAAUGUGGCUGACGUGGCUCAGGAGAAGAUGUGGGUGUAUCGUCGGGAGGCCGUGCUUCAGAACCCUCGAGAGCCGCCUCCGUCAGUACGAGUCGCAGAGCUCCUUAGCUGGUCCCAAAGCGAGCAGGCCAAGCGUCUCCUCGCCUUGGCAGAGAUGCGGCGUGCACGUUGGAGCUCUUGGAGCCCUUGGAGCCCUUGGAGCUCUAGGAUGCAAGUCCACAUGGGCCACACACAGUUUUGGAAGCCUUGGAUGGGCUAUGCAGGCUUGGCCAUCUUGCUGAUCCCUAUUGCAACUUCUAUUGAUGCAGUACGUUGGGCCUCAUGGUGUACCAUGAGUCUCACCGGCUUCGGGCUUUUGUUGCCACUGCUGCAGUUUGCUGGUGCUCCAACGCUUCCCUUCGCAUCGAUCAGCUCGUUGUGGAUCGCCCUCUUCCUCUACUCCAUGAUUGCGGGUAGCAUUUGGUGGAACCACCUCCUAGGUGGCGCGCGUCGCUGGGCCGUGCUCAGUGGCCAGCUGGCAGCCCAACUUGUAGAUCAAGCAGACACUGCAACCGGCAUCGCUUUCCUGACUCGGGACUGGGCAGAGAUGGCGCGGCGGUCCCUGGCAGCUCUCGACCAGGAGCUUUGCGGGAGCUGGAGGACGAGUCUGCACGAGUUGGCGUCAAAAUUGGCAGACCUCCGCCAGGAGCUUGAGGUGCGAACGCAGCAAGGCAAUGGGAACGGCAUGAAGUCCCUCAAGGAUGGCUUCACCAGCGACGAGGGCGAGGCAGUGUUGGCAGAGCCAUCCGCAGCCAAACAUCUACAGCCAUCCUACAGCCAUCCUUUCCUUCUCAACCUGUGGGACAAGUUUUGUCGCUCAGUUCCGUCCUUUUAUCAGACGUCCAAGCUCCCAAAAAUGCCCAAUUACGUUAAGCCACGUUAA